AUGGCGGGCGAGCAAACGUCAACUGCUGCAAACAGGCCAAGCUGUCGCUUUAGUUUUCCGGAUCCUGAUCCCGAUCCCAGCAGCAGCGCCAUCAAAGUCGACGAUGUCACCCGCAUGAAUUGUACAGCUGUGGGUGGUAUCGUGUAUGUGCGCAGUGCUGACGACAUCAAGCAUUCCCUGGCAAAGGCUAGAGCAGCAGGAAGGCGAGUGGCAGUAAGAGGGACUAAACACUCAAUGGGAGGCCAGUGCAUGGCCGAAGACAGCAUUGUCAUCGACAUGACCAAAAUGUGUCGCAUGCAUUUCGACAGCGAAGCUGAAACUGUCGUGUGUGAGUGCGGAUGCACCUGGGCGGAUCUCAUCCUCUUCCUGAAUCACUUCGGCAUGUCACCUCGCACAAUGCAAAGUUACUCAACGUUCUCAGUGGGUGGAACUUUGGCAGUGAAUGGUCAUGGCAUCACCACCGACUUCAGCCUGUCCGAGUGCGUCGAAUCUUUUCGCCUCAUCAAGGCUGAUGGCCAAGAAGUUUCCUGCUCCCGUGGCGCUGACGGGGAAGCAGGUGAGCUGUUCAAGCUUGCUCUUGGAGGGUACGGCCUUUUCGGCGUCAUGUGGGAGGUGACCAUGCGAGUCGACCGGAAUAGUCGCAUGGACAUGGAGGCAUUGCAUCUGAGAGCGGACGAAUUUACUCGAUACUUUGCUGCAGCGCAAGCAUCGGGGGAUGUUGUCAUGAAGCUAGCACGGCUCAACAUCCUCGACACAAACAACAUUGACUUCUUCGUUUUCCGAAGAAGCCACGAUGAGCAAAUUAGGUUGGUCUCAAAGUUGGACACGAAACCGCGAGAGAUGUCCUGGCAGUCGAGGUUGAUGUACAAGUGGCUCAUGCCUGUCAUGAAGGAGGUUCGGUAUGCCAUCGAAAAGAAGUCUGGGACAGCUCUUGACUGGGGCAAUGAGACUGAGCGCAACCACAUGCUUCACGAAAGCGCCGUACCAAUUUCACAACUCUACGAGCCACUUUUUCAAGUUGAUGACACAUUCUUGCUUCAGGAGUACUUCUGCCCUCGCAGUCAGUUUGAGUCUUGGAUCAGCAGAACCAGGCCAAUCUACAAAAAGCUGUCUGCGACCACGGAGGUAGUUCUGUUGAACACCACCAUCCGGUUCGUAGAGAGAGACAUGGACACAUUUCUUCCUUAUGCCCAACACGAGGAAGGCAUGUUUGCCUUCGUUCUAUACUAUCGCCUGCCACGAACUGCCUUGGCAGAUGCAAAGAUGCAAGAGUUUCAUGAUUUGUUCGUGAAAGAGACUCUGGCACUGAAAGGGAGCUUCUAUUUGCCGUAUCGCUGUCACUAUAGCCAUGAGCAGCUUGAAGAAGCGUACCCCCAGAUAAAGGAUUUCUUCAUGAAGAAGGAGAUGUAUGACCCCCUUGGUUUGUUUGACAACUUGUGGUUCAGGCACUACGGCUCCAAAUACUUGUCAGAACACUAUCGCGCAUCACUGUCGCAACCGGUUGCCACAUCUACUUCGAUGCCAAGUGGGCGAACAUCGGGACUAUAUGUGCCCGAAGUGCCAAGUCGUCGUGCCAAUGCCUUCCGUGACUUGUUGUCCAACCCCUUUCUGCGCCGGAACUUCAAAGACGGCUUCUUGACUCAGAUCUUCAAUGUAAUGGAUAAUGAAGCGCUCUUUCGAAUGAUGGUCAAGGCUGCACGAGACCCUGAGAAUCGAGAUGACAUUGAGAUCUAUCGUGCUUUGCAGAGGCAGCUGCACGAGUCCGGUGGUGUUGUGACAUCUGGGAGACAAAUGUGGAAGCAGCUGAAUCAAGUAUCGGCACAAAAAGCUGAGUUGACACGAGAAGUUUGUUCAGUUGUGUCGCAUCUUGGCAAGUUUGGGCAGUUGCACGACCUUCUUUCGAUCGGAGAUCCUGGCCGCACAGUGCUUUCCAUACGCAAGGCUUUGCACAUGCAGGGGCAAUGCUGGGUUGCCCACGACACAUUUUCUGAUGACCUUCCUGCCGUGAUCGAACGCGGAUCCCUGGAUCCGGUGGGUGCUGACGUGCACUGGCAGCUGCUGGAAGCAGGUCCUUUUAAGGAGGUACCUGACAACUCCGCAGAUUUAGUGACAAUGAUGCAAGGCCUUCAUCACAUACCCCAGCAGAACUUGCCUCGAUUCUUGACAGAAGUGGUUCGCGUGCUACGUCCAGGAGGUCUCUUUAUUGUUCGCGAGCACGAUGCCUCACCAUCCUUGAUGCCUAUGCUAGACUUGGCCCACAGUGUGUUCAAUGCCGUCAUGGGAGUAAACGAAAAGGAAGAGCAAAUGGAACUGAGAGCAUUUAGAUCUCUGUCAGAGUGGAGGAAGAUUCUGGAGAGCACCGGCCUGGAGGAUUCCAUGCUAUUCGAGAUGGAGCCAUAUGACCCCACGGUGGACGAAAUGAUGUGUUUUUACAAACCGCCUUUGCAUUUUGAGUCUGCCUCGAGACCGGUGCCUUCCUUGGCCGAACCACCUUCGACAGUUCAACUCCCAGAGGCCAUGGCAUCAUUUAUGGAAACAGCUCCUCAGGUUUUGCUGCGAGGAGUCUUGGAUGCCAUUGACGGAAUCCUCAACACGCUGCCCGCGGCGGUGGCCAUCUUCAAAGAGCGGAUGAAGGCAUUCAGCAGUGGCCAGCAGUUGAUAGCACAAUCUUUGGUGGACCAAGCAGCUGAACCUAUACUCAAAAUCCUCCAAAAUUUGCGGCCACUGGUUGAACAUGUGGACUUCACAGGGCCUGCAGAUUCCGGCCUUGGUAGUUUGGUCCCCUUUGAAGUCUUGUUGUUGGUACCCGCGCUGAUGCAGAAAGUUCAGAAUGGCAAGGCAAGUGCGAAUGAGAUGUUUGCAGCAUCGGUGAUCAAGGACAUCCUGGACACAUUUCAGGGCCAGAGGGUGCACAGCCAGAAGACCCAGGAGGUGGCUGUUUCAGUCACGAAGGAGGAGGUUGAAGGGCUGCUCCGGAAGCUUCUCGAAGCAUAUCCUCAAUUUCAAGAGGCCAAUGCCCUGGAGGCAAUGGGUUUCCCGAAGCGAGCUACACAGGUAUUCCUCUCCAAGAUGGGCAGUGUCUCCAGCGUUAGUACAAUGGCCGACCUUUUGUCUACUUAUCUGGACGAGGAAGCGUGGAUUGAGUUCAGAGCUGCAUUGCUCGAGGCCGUUCACGAUCGUGUAUCUCCCAGUGCAGACGAUUUAUUUCGUCCAGAAACCACCUGGGCUCGAGCAUUGCGAGCUUUCCUUGGGUCCCAGCACGUGCACAUUCGAACUCAGCAACUAGUGAUGUGCAACUACGUGGGCCUGGAAAAGCUGCCGCCCUUGUACCAGGCGGCCCAAGCACUGCGAAGAAGCCAGCAGACGCAACAAUCCUCUUCUGGUGUAGUAGCGCCUGCGCCCGUGAGAAGCCAAGAGGAGGCUGAACGAAAACGCAAUCUGCAACGAGCCCUGGAUGGAUUGACGCCCGGGCUUCAAGAUGUCGAGAUGGCAGAAGGGCAGCAGCAUGACAUUUGCAACGUUGCAGAAAUCGCUUCGGCAUCCUUCGGGUACUUUUCCCUCACCGCAGCACCAAAGGACGUCACGGAGGAUGUGCGGCGAAUGCUCCAAAAUGGCAAGCUGCGCCUCCAGAACGUGAACCUUUGCCGUACAUUUGGAGUGGGUGGUGCGGCAGAUGGCUUCCGAAGGGUGGCGACGGGAAACACACGUACCUUGAGGAUCCGAUAUAGAAGCAAAGACACAAUGGCAAAAGAAGAUCUAUUGCCCAGAGUCACCGCCAUCUUGGAGAGGCUCCGGAGCAGCGGAUGGACGGAGGACGUACACAGUAACGACGGUGAGUAUACCUGGUACAAGCUCAACGAAUGGAUGCAAGUUGAAAUUUUGCAGAUUUUCGGCCAGAGUUUGGAAAGGGAGCCUUGGUACCGCUUCCCCUAUGUUCAAUUCAUGAAGGUCUACUUCGACGUCCUCUUUCAAGAGUCGAGCAUUGUGCAGCGAAAGCUUGGCUUGCAGAAGGCCUUCGGCAGCAUGGCAUUCGUGACGUCCCUGGUGCCUGGACUCAUCAUGACUUUUUUCUUUGCCCAGAUGAAGCUGCUUGCAACUCCGUUGCUUUCGAUGCCAAGCAGCUGGGGGUUUGGGGAGGGCUACGAUGAAGCGCAAGCCCGGGAGCAGCUGGUCGUGUUGCGUCCGAGAGAUGCGCCGAACGUGGAUUGGAAGAAGCUUGACGAGCGGAUUACAGACAUUGCUUGUCCUGUACAAGGCUUGUUCAUCAUGAAGGUGCCAACCUUCAAGGUCCUGACCGACGUUUGCAAGAUCCUGGCGCAAGACGAGAACAUGACAGUGCUCGAGAUCUCCUCACAGGCCACCUUCUACACAGUGGGCUCUUUCCGUGGAGUGGGCAAGAAGAUAUCAUGUGACGUCCGCGGCAUGAAUGUGGAUGUGAACGUUGCUGCGGGGCUCGAAGAAGCAGCGGACAAGGUCAAGGGGGCCAGAAGCAAAUCCCUUGACCCAAGUUUCCCCAUUCUCAACAUCACGUGCUGCGUCCGAGGCAGCACUCUGGCACUGAGGUACGUGGGUGAUCUGCAUCCUGAUGUCACUGAGGCAAUGCUGUACGAGAUCUUCAACUCGGUCGGGCCAGUGGCGUCCAUCCGCGUCUGCCGUGACAGUUACGUCAACUUCCACAGCGUUUCUGAUGCUGAACGUGCUUUGGACACGUUGAACUAUUCAAGCAUCAAGGUCCGUAACCUGGACCGGAACAUCGACAAUAAGGCUUUGUAUGAUACCUUCAGCCUCUUCGGCAACAUCCUCUCCUGCAAGGUUUGCACUGGGCCAGAUGGAAAGUCACGCGGAUACGGCUUUGUGCACUACGAGACCGAAGAUGCGGCCAAACAGGCCAUUGAACGAGUCGACGGUAUGCAAAUCGGAGAAAAGACGGUCGGAGUGUCUGGCUUCGUCAAGCGUCAAGAUCGUGAGAAGCCAGCAAUGAACACAUUCACCAAUAUCUACAUCAAAAACUUCCCUGAUGACUGGGACGAGGGCAGGAAGUCUGCAUUCCUCAACUACGAGACUCACGAGCAAGCCGUUCAGGCUAUCAGUGCUAUGCACCAGAAGGAUUGUCGCACUGAUGAGCAGAAGGAAGCAGACAAGGAAAAAGAAGAGGAAGAGAAGGAUCGGACGGAAAAGAGCUAUUUGCUGUAUGUUGCCCGCGCGCAGUCCAAGUACGAGCGCCAAAUGGAACUGAAGGAGAAGAUGCCGCCAAGGGAUCCGGCAGCUGGACCGUCGCGUUCGCAGGGUGUCAACCUGUACGUGAAAAACUUGGAUGAGGCCACAGACGACGACUCCUUAAAGGCUCUUUUCGAACCCUUUGGCAACAUCACGUCCGUCAUUGCCAUGAAGGAGGCCAAUGGCAAGUGCAAGGGUUUUGGCUUCGUCUGCUUCUCUAGUCCGGACGAAGCGACAAAAGCGGUAACCGAGAUGCACCUCAAGGUCGUGAAGGGAAAGCCUCUGUACGUGGGCCUGGCAGAAAAGCGUGACGUCCGGGCCGAGCGCUUGCGUCAGCGCUACUCCCCUGGCGAAAUGGGCAAGGGCAUGGGCAAGGGCAUGGGAGGAAAAGGAAAAGGUGGCAAAGGAGGCAUGAUGGGCAGUAUGGGCAUGGGCAACCAGAUGUACGGAAAUCCGAUGGGUGGCAUGGGUGGCCCCAUGGGAGGUCCGCCGAUGAUGGGCAUGGGUGGCAUGGGCAAAGGCAACAUGAUGGGCCAGGGCGGACCGAAUCCUGGAAUGAUGGGCCAGAAGGGAAAGGGCAUGCCCAACAUGCCGAUGAACCCGCAGAUGAUGGGAAUGGGUGCCAUGGGCAAGGGCAUGCCUGGUCCAAUGGGAAUGCCCGGAGCCAUGGGCAAAGGAGGUACGCCGAUGCCAAUGGGGCCGAUGGGCCCCAUGGGCCCAAUGGGAAUGAUGCGACCCGCCAUGCCUCAAAUGCCGAUGAUGCGCCCAGGCAUGCCUGCCCCGAUGCCACAGCCGUCUCAGCAGACGCCGGCCCAGACUGCCAACCCAGGAAGGGGUGAAGUCUAUGCUAAGUUUCGUGGCAUGCUCCGCCCACCCACCGCCAUCCCGGGCCACCUUGCCCGCCAGGUGCAGAAGCAACUAAUUGGGGAGCGGCUGUUCCCGGCAAUUUCCAAGCACCAGCCGGAGCUGGCAGGCAAGAUCACAGGCAUGAUGCUCGAGAUGGACAACUCCGAGCUGUUGAUCCUGUUGGACAGCGAGCCCCAGCUCAAAGCCAAGGUGGACGAAGCAAUGCGGGUGCUCGAGUCAGCCAAGCCACUGAAUUGCAAAAAACGGCCUUGCAACGUUCGAGUAGAGCAUACGAUAUCCAUUGCCAGGGCCUUGAAAGACAUUUGUCCGCAUGUUUUGCCUGGGCAUGCGCCGCGUCAAGGAGAGGGCGAAGUGUCGACCUAUGUGACGGCUUUGGCACCAUCCGGUACCCUCGACGGUUGUCUUUCGUGA